AUGGGGAUCGACUUCACAGUAUACAAAGGCUCGAAAUCUGGAGACAUUGUUGAAGCGCAAGGGCAUCGCGACGCUGGACCAACAGAAGCACUCAUCGCACUCAGUCAUUGCGGUGUUUGUGGAACCGAUGAGCAUUACCGACAUGCAGACCAAGGAUUAGGGCAUGAGGGCGUGGGCAUCAUUACUGAGAUAGGAUCGCUGGUGCCGCAAAUCUCGGACCUGAAGGUUGGCGACAGGGUCGGGAUGGGAUGGAUGCAAAGGACUUGCGGGCAUUGCAAGCCUUGCUUGACAGGCAUGUAUUCCUUCAUCGAGGGGCAACAAUUCAAGUGCGUCAAUUCCCAGCAAUUUGGAUUCGCCAACUGGGAUGAAGGGUGCUUUGGGACUGGAGUUGCGUGGGAUGUAUCUACACUUUUCAAGAUACCUGACGCAAUCGGCUCCCAACAUGCCGGCCCCUUGAUGUGCGGAGGUGCAACCGUAUGGGGUCCUCUAUACGAGCACAACUUGAAGCCAGGCGAUCGAGUCGGCAUUGUUGGCAUCGGUGGGCUCGGCCACCUAGCCGUUCAGUUUGCCUCGAAGAUGGGCUUCGAAGCAGUUGUGUUCUCUGGGACCGAUGCCAAGCGGGAGGAAGCCAAAGCAUUCGGAGCCUCCGAGUUCUAUGCCACCAAAGGAGUUUCAAAGUUUGAAAGCGUCAAGCCAGUGGACGCGUUGUUGAUCACAACCUCAGUCCUGCCAGAUCUCUCUCAGUUCAUUCCCAUCCUUGCACCAUUUGCGAAGAUCUUCCCCCUUACCAUCAGUUUCGAUGCCAUUCCAGUUCCCGCCCUCGCAUUCGUCGUGUCUGGAUAUCAAUUAAUCGGUUCGGGCGGGGCUCACACUGCAUCACUGAACGCGAUGCUGGACUUUGCAGCGAAGCAUGACAUCAAGCCUACGAUUGAGAAAUUCCCUCUAACCAAGCAGGGAAUAGUCGACGCGAUGCAAAAGCUGAGAGAUGGGAAGGUCAGAUAUAGGGGCGUGUUGGAGGUAUAA